AUGUCACAGGAAUAUACAGAAAAACAAAUCGAAGGACUUCGAAAAAUUCAACGAUUAUGGCGUCGCUAUAUUGAUGUACAAGUAUUUCGUUUCUAUCGUGAUCUAAUUCAUUUUCAUAAUAAUGGUGAUCCACAAAUCUUAAUGCGUACAAUAAAUCCAACAGAAUCAAAAUAUAUAGAUUCAGCAGCUGGUGUUCGCAUACGAUUUCGUUUAGCUGGCGAACGUUUCCCACCGACAAUUUAUUAUAAAAUUUUUACAAACCGACCUAUACAAGAUAUAUGUGCUAAUGCGCCAAGAGAUUAUACUCGUCCUUAUUUAAGAUUAAAAAGUGCAGUUGAUUCGAAUAAUAAGUUAAAUCGAUUUCCACAACAAGGUUUGUAUUCUUUGAAUAUUCAAGCAUUGCGAUUUUUUGUUGCUGUUGUUAUUAUGAAUUUAAUAAUUGUCUUAGAUCAAGAAGGAUGGUAUCGUCGAAUGGAAAAUAAUGGUUGGAGACCAGUUGCUUAUACACAUUUACUACAAGUUAAUAUGGAUCAAUAUUUUGCUUCAAGUGAUUUGAAAAAACCUACCCCAUUUUCACAUUCAAGAAUGCAGCGACGGCAAGAUGUUGAGCAAAGACGCAAACAAAAAAAAUUAGAAUGGCUUAAAAAAAUGUAUAAAGCUGGUAUGCUUAAUGCAGAUAAGAAUGAUGAACUGAAAGAAAAUGAAGAUGAAAAAGAAAUGUCUCGACUUAUCAAUGAAACAACAACAAGUAUAUUAAGAAUAUAUAAUGCAUACGGUGCAGAAGCUGUUGAAGAUUGGGAAGUUAAUGAAUUACUUGAAUGGACACAUAAUCUUAAUUAUGAUGAAUAUUUACUUGAUUGGAGAACAAUUGGUACAAGUGGUUCAUCAAAUAUUAUAUCUGAUAAAUCUAUUCGAUAUCAACAAAUUCGUGAUAUUGAUGAUCGAACAAAUUCAAGUUUAACGGAAUCAAGACAUGUAUCAAUGCAAGCAAAUGUACCAACCAAUGGCUCAUUACGUAUGUUACCUAUGAUCGAAGGUGAAGCAAGUUUUGAACGUGCAACAACAACUGCUCUUUCUCAACCGGCUAGUGAGCAUAAAAAAAUGAGUUAA